UUGGGGCUCAAGGUCGUGGCGGCAUCAUCUCACGCGAACCAAAGCUCUGAAAUACCCGAUGUGUGCGGACCUAGGGUGGAUCGCGGUGCUUGCUGCUCGCUGGAAGGUGUCGUUGCUUCACGGCAAGGGCUGGCGAACGGAAAUUGCUGCUCCUUGAUGUCGCGUGCGGGGUUGACGAGAUGGGGCGACGGCUGUUGUUUGGUCCAGCCGGAGAUUGGCAGAGGGAGAAGGCCUCCGAUGACUCUCGCUGUCGUUAUUCAGAAUCUCCCACCAAUUGCUGCUAAGUGGACGAUCGACGAAGGGCUGUGA